AUGACUGGACUCACCGAGGACGAAAUCCGCGGCUCACCGCUGUGGCAGCACAUGAAGAAGGUGCUGCUGCAGGUUGUGCAGCAGCAGCCGAGCAGUGCGCUGGACGCCAUCGUCCCCGCCUCCUUCGUGGUGCAGACGGGCGGCGCCGUGCCGCCGCACGUCACCACCAUCUACGCCGACCAUCGCCCGCGGGUCUUCAACACCGUCCCGCCCGACGCGCUGGAGAACCUGCGGUGGGCGUCCAGCUUUGGCAAGGUGCUCGCGCCGCCGAAGCCCAGACGCAGACCAACGGAGGAGGAUGAGGAGGCGCCGCCGGAGGAGGAGGACGAGCCCGAGGAGGAGGUGCUGCCCGGCGAGGUGAGCGACGUGGUGGGGGAGCAGGCCGUCUUCAACUCCGUCGGCGAGGGGCUGCAGCCGGAGGAGGCCUUCCGGCUCGUGGUGGGGAUGAAGCAGCUUGUCAAGAUGGAGCCGCUGGCGACGGCCCGGUUUUGGGGCAAAGUCUUCGGCGCCUCCGCGGACUACUACAUUGCGGAGACGAAGAUCGACCCGGAGCGGCUGCCGGAGGAGGAGGAGGACGACGGCGCCGCGGAGGACGAGGAGGAGGAGGGGGUGCCCAUCGACAACGUCGCGGACGUGCUCUUCUCCCACGGCGCGAGGCGGCGGGCAGACGCGGGGACGGAGCCGGCCGGAAGCGGACUGAACGAGUGGGUGUACUACGCCGCGCUGACGACGGACCCCACCAGCUGGACACGGCUGCCGGAGGUGACGCCGAAUCAAGUCAUCGUCGCUCGCCACAUCCGCCGCGGCUUUACGGGGGACCUGGAAAGCGUCGUCGCCACCCACCCGCACUUCCCUGGGAGGGAGAAGAACUACCUGCGGGCUCAAAUUGCCCGCAUCAGCUGCGCCUGUCGGGUGGCGCCGCGUGACAUGUACACCACCGAGGGGGCGGUCCCAGAGGAGGAGGACGAGGACGGGAACUUGCUGCCGCCGCCAGAAACCGUCAAGGCCUACACGACGCUGCCGCCGCUUAACCCGCAGGAGGUGCCGGACGAGGAAGACGGCGAGGCCAUCGAGCCGGUCAAGUCGUGGUUCUACGGCUACCGCGACGAUGAGCUGCUGCAGGGCAAGUAUUGGGUGCACAUUGCCCCGACGCUGUUGAAAACCGGCCGAACUGUCGCGGUGGAGACAGAGGAGCAGCAGGGGGAGGUAGACGUCGAUCACUCGGAGAAGAUACAUCCGUUUUUGUGUGAUGUCAGUCGUGACAACCCCUUGACCUAUGCCUCGCACAGCCGUAGUCAACUGCCCGCCUGGAGCUUCCGCAAGGCUUUUCACAAUGAGAGUAGCAAAACAUUUACGUAUGUUGCCAGGUCGGGCACCUGGCCCGGUGCCUUCACGUACGCUGUGACGGAGUUGGGCCAGCCGGGCAGCCGAUACCAGAGCGUUUACAUCGGCACCGGCCUCAAGAGCCUGCAUGGCGUGAACUACGCGCCACGGCUGCCCCCACGCUGCCUCGUGGAGUACCCAGAGAUCGAGUUGCUCCUGCAGCGCGAUGGAACGGCAGACGAUGAGCUGGAGUACGCCCCGCCACCCCCAAAACCGGAGGCUUCCGAGGAAGAGGAGGAGGAGGAGGCUUAG